UGCCAGAUAUUAGGUGUGUCCCCUUACUGUUUCCUAUCCAGAUAAAAGUUUCUUUUCUUUGAAGAGUAAUUCCUUAUCGUUGUUGCAGGCUCUCAAGCAAUCCGUGUGGUUUUUAAGCUGGGCCAGGGGUUCCUCUUUGCUCUGCUUCUUCACGACUGAACAGGAAGUAUCGUGGGUGUCGACAAACGGAGGGUUCAGCUAACUGACCUGUGCAGAUAAGCAUCCACGGAGCGAGAGCCAAGUUUUUUUUUUGUUGUCCUCUUCGACCUGUUCCCGUACAGAGCUGGGUUUGUUUGCCGAUUUCAGUGGAUUGUGGUAGAGCACUGCACGUGAGUGUCGACUGAAUUAACUACUUCCUUGCAUUUCUAAUCUCCUCCUGCAAUCUCACCAGAGGAACAAACCACUGGCUGCUUUUAGUUUUUCCGCUUGAGGCUCCAAGCGCUGCAAAGCAUGUCUCAAGAUCCGUAGGCCCCUGGGCUGCAUGCUUUGGCUAGGUCUGACCAGCCUGGUGGCUGGAAUUUUCGGCUGGGUCUGACCAGCCUGGUGGCUGGCAUCUUCAACUGGGUCUUAACUGCCUGGUGUUUGGUGCUUUUGGCUGGGUUUGACCGGCCUGGUGGCUGGUUCUUUUGGCUGGGUCUGAUCGGCCAGGUGUUGGUGUGGAGAGGUGCUGCCGGCGGGCCGGCGGCCAUGUUUCUUUAGCAGGAUGCGUGUGUCCCUGCGGCGCGCAGCCUCCUCGCUGCUCUGGCUGCUCUUCCUGACGCUCCUGGUGAAGACGCUGCAUUGGCUACAGGACUGCCCGGAUGACCCUUACCGGAGCAGCAGUGCCUACGUGCUGGUGAGGGACCUCCACAACCAGCUGCACGGCUACAACCGCAGCUCGCCGCUGGUGUUUGUGGGCGGCGUGCCGCGCUCUGGCACCACCCUUAUGCGUGCCAUGCUGGACGCACACCCGGACAUCCGCUGCGGCGAGGAGACUCGGAUCAUUCCCCGGCUGCUGGCCCUGCGGCAGGGCUGGGCAACGGACAGGGCGGAGAGGGAGCGCCUGAGCGAGGCAGGGGUCACACAGGAGAUGCUGGACGCCGCGGUGACGGCCUUCCUGCUGGAGGUCAUCGUCCGUCAUGGAGAGCCGGCGCCGUUGCUAUGCAACAAGGACCCCUUCACCCUCAAGAGUGCCGUCUACCUUUCUCAACUCUUCCCCAAUUCCAAGUUCAUCCUGAUGCUGCGUGAUGGCCGAGCGUCCGUGCACUCCAUGAUCUCGCGGCGGGUCUCCAUCACCGGCUUCAACCUGUCCAGCUACCGCGACUGCCUCAGCAAGUGGAACCGCGCCAUACAGGGCAUGUUCUGGCAGUGCCAGCAGGUGGGCACCCACCGGUGCCUGGAGGUGCACUACGAGGACCUUGUGCUCCAUCCGCGUGCCAGCCUGGAGCGUGUGCUCCGCUUCCUGGAGAUGGACUGGCAUGAGGGCGUCCUGCAUCACGAGGAUGCCAUAGGCAAGCCAGGCGGCGUGUCCCUGUCACGCAUCGAGCGCUCCACAGAUCAGGUGAUCAAACCGGUUAACCUGGAAGCUCUGACGCGCUGGGUCGGACACAUUCCUCCGGACGUCCUGUCUGACAUGAAGAACAUCGCACCCAUGCUGCGCAGACUGGGCUACGACCCGAACGCCAAUCCCCCCGAAUAUGGGCAGCCAGACGCCGUGGUGAUCAACAACACAGACCGGGUGCGCAAGGGAGAGUUCAAAAUGCCAUCAAGUCUGAAAGGUCAACCAAAAGUUCAAAUGAAUGGAACUGCCCCAUAGUCAUGACAGAGAAUGUGGCCGUGGUUAUGGGUGAACACAGAGCAACAUAACACACUGAUAAAAUGCGGCUAUGGGGAGGAAAACGUCACGGCACACAAGACCAUCUGCCCAGAGUCCAAAGGAGACUGACUGUUAUGCCAAUCAGAGAUUGGCCUACUUAAAGGCAGCUUACCUGCUCCUCAUGUACAUGUGUGAUUGCAAGAAAUCUUUUCAAAUAAAAUCCGUUGUCAACUGAAA